AUGGAACAAUCAGCAAAGGACGAGCUUGAGGCUGAUGGAUGGUUGCUGGGGCGAGGCGAACCAGAUGCCAGGCUAGACCCCUUUCCGCCAGGAAUUGAUGCUGUGAUCAUCGCGAAGCAGUAUGUACUACUAACUGUAGAAGACUGGCUAUGGCAAGAAACGGAAGAUCCACAUGAGAUGAGCCCAGUUGAUGGCGAUAUAGACCAGUAG